AACUUUUACCCCUCUCCUGUAACAUUAUUCCUGGAUAAAACAAAACUUUAUUUUAUUAUAUCAACAAAAUUGAAGCUCCGUCAAUGGCGAUUUGCAAUUUUUUAUAACUGACUCAAAUAUCUGCAACAAUUAGAAUAUGCUACUACUGCAUGGAAGAAUUUUAACCUAAACCGGACCUCUGAGCUUCGAUUAUUCACUAUCUAGGGUUUGAUUUCAAGUGAGUUGUUCAUAUCUCUCCUCGAUCACAUGAAUUGUACGCCGAUUUCUGUUUUCUCGUGUUUCUGUUGGUUAAAAUUAACAUCAUGCAGUUUAGGUUUUAGUAAUUUGUUUAUGGUUUACAUGAAUUUGAUGUUUUGGUAGCUUGAUUGGUAGUGUUUGGAGUUUGAUUUGUGAGAUUAGUGGAUAGUUAGGGUUUGAUUUGUGAGAUUAGUGGAUAAUUAGGGUUUGGUGUAUGGGGACUCAAACGAUGGGGUCGAAUGGCGGCGGAGCGCAGAAGUCUAUGUUGGAUGGAUUGUCGAGGCAGGGGUCAUUGUAUAACCUAACAUUGGAUGAGGUUCAACAGCAGUUAGGGGAUUUAGGGAAGCCUUUUAAUAGUAUGAAUUUGGAUGAGCUUUUGAAGAGUGUUUAUAGUGCUGAGACUAAUCAAGGAACGAGUAGUAACGCGGUUAAUUAUACGGAGCUCAAUUCGGGUGUGACGAAGAAGACGGUUGAUGAAGUGUGGCAGGAUAUACAACAAGGUCAGAGGAAGAAAAAGAACGAUAGCGAUGACGAUGGGAGUAAUGUAAGUAAGGGCGGUAGUUUUAAGAGCGGGGACGGGAAGCGACAGCGUACUCUCGGUGAGAUGACACUUGAGGAUUUCUUGGUCAAAGCGGGGGUCGUGGCCGAAUCUUCUCCCGGGAAGGUGAACGAAGAAGGGAAUCUUGAACCGCAAGAAACGCAGUGGAUAGGCUAUCAAAGUCAUGCAGUUCAGCAGCAGAAUAUGAUUAUGGCGGGUCAUUAUCAAGUUCAACCAUCGGUUACGGUUCCUGGUAACUCUUUGAUGGAUGUGGGUUAUAUGUCCCCAACCUCUUUAAUGGGUAGUUUAUCGGACAGACAUAUGUCUGGAAGGAAAAGGUUUGCUUCUGGAGAUGUGAUGGAGAAGACGGUUGAAAGAAGGCAAAAGCGAAUGAUAAAGAAUAGGGAGUCUGCUGCGCGCUCACGAGCAAGAAAACAGGCAUAUACCCAUGAGCUGGAGAACAAAGUUUCACGUUUGGAAGAGGAGAAUGAAAGACUCAGGAGGGAGAAGGAGGUGGAGAAGGUAAUACCGUGGGUCCCACCACCCAAGCCAAAGUAUCAGCUCCGAAGAACUUCCUCUGCUCCUUUCUGACGGCUAGCUAAUCUGGUCAGCGGUCCUGAAUUUGUGAUCUUGGUCAUGGGCUCUGAGUCAUGAAAAAUGUUCUGCAGCAAUGAAAGUGAAAGGCUUGUAGACCUUCCUUUUUAUAGCAGGGAAGCUUUGGUGUACCUUGGUCAACUCUUUUUCAUUUCCAUCUAAAUCUUUAUCAGAUGUCAUUAUGGAUGAUGUACGCCUUGUGUUUUUUGCUACUUUUCGGUUUUAGUUUGUUUUAUACCUAGUUUCACGCAGUUUCUUGUUUAAUGUAUUGUCCAAGGAUGAUCUUAUUAUGUACAUGUGAUAGUGUUCUGAUACUGUGUCGUUGGUUGACUUAACUUCAAAUG